GCCAAAAGGAUAUCCCCUCGUGACGCGGCAGAAUGAACGAGAAAGACGACAGCCCCUGGGUCUUCGACUCACUGAUCGGAUUCCUGCAGGGUCCGAUUUGGUCCGCGCCCCUAAUCACCUUCAUAGAGGAGAAGUCGCUCAUAUUUGAGGCGGACGUCGAGGACAACGACGACUACCGUAAGAUCUAUCAAGAGUACAAAAAUUUAGUGGACUUAUUGCUCGGUUGCUUCAUGGAAGACAUGGGCAUCACGCCUGAGCAGUUCGAGCACGCAUGUACCGUGAACAAGCAUACGAGGAUGCCGAUACAAUUCCAACAGAAUCUGUUCGAGCAAAUAUGGGCGGCAAAUGAGUACACGAUAUUCAAGCGUAUGAUGACGCAGAAGAAUUUAGAGCUACAGCUGCAGGCAUUAAAUAUGAUCGAGCAGAAGUACGGUCUGACCCCAGCGUCUUUGGUGUACGAGCCGGACGGGUCGAACGAUGAUAUUUUGGUUAUGGAGGAAAUCAUUCAGAAGCACGCGUUGGCGGACGAUCCGGAAGAGGAGCAAGACCUGUCCUCGGAAACGUCUCUGAUGAAGGAGCACGAACGAUUGGCAAUGAAAUACAAUAAUGAGAGGGCCUUGUUGGAGGAAGCACUGAAGGCCUCGCAGGACGAUAGAGGCUCGGAAAAAGGGUCCUUGUCGCCGGCGGCGGAGGAAGAAGAGGAGGAGGAGAAAGAGGAAUUGAAAAUAAUCCCUAAAGUUGUACAGAUCACUCCUCCUGACUCGAUACACUCGAACGAGUCCAAGAUAGAGGAGGAAAAUGUAUCUGAAGAGGAUAUCAGGAAGAGGCAAGCUUAUCUAAAGGCCAGAAGGGACAAACUGGUAGCACUAAAAAAGGAGGCGAGAAGCCACAGGUUAGAAAUGAACACGACGAGGCCGAGUUCCGCUAGAACAAUCGCCCAGGCGACUAUAAAGGGGGAGCAGGAAUUGAAAUUACCGGAACCUUUGGAACCGUCCAUCCUUCAAGUCCGCAAAGCCCUCGCAGCUCGCCUCCAAGCCGAAGUAGUGCGUAAGCAGGCAAACUAA